AUUAUUAUUGUUUUAAACAAAGAAAAGAUGUUUAAACAAUGGAUAUUCUUAUUCAUACUAGUUUACAUAGUCAAGCCUACUUUACAACAGUACAGCGAAGACUAUGACCUAUCCUUGUCACCUGCUAUGAAGUCAACUUUGCAAAUAUUUGGCGAUAAACGCAAUGACGAAUGUCCACCAUGCUUUAAUUGUAUGUUGCCUGGUUUUGAAUGCCUUCACUUUGCAAACUGUUCACAGUAUGACGGAAAAUGUAGCUGUCCUCCUGGCUUUGGUGGUGACGACUGUAGACAGCCAUUGUGUGGUGCUCUAUCGGAUGGAAAUUCAAGACUUCCUAGACAAAACAACCAUUGUGAUUGUCCCGAAGGCUGGGAAGGCAUCAACUGCAAUGUUUGCAAGACCGAUUCAGUAUGUGACCCUUUAGUCCCCACUGGCCAAAACGGUACUUGUUACAGAGGUGGACUUACUGUAUUCGAAAACUAUCAAAUGUGCAAUGUGACAAAUCGAAAUAUUCUAAAGCAGCUAAAUGGUCAAAUACCUCAGGUUACUUUUUCAUGCAACAAACAUAAGGAAACUUGCGAUUUUCAAUUUUGGGUGGAUGAGAUUGAAUCCUUCUAUUGCCAUCUUGAUACAUGUGAGUUUGACCAGAGCUAUGACUAUGGAAAGAAUACUACGAAAUAUGCUUGUAAAAAUAUCAACUGCAAGUGCAUAAAAGAUGAAUUUUUAUGUGGAAAAGAUGGUUCUAUUGACCUUACAGAUAUGUUGAAGGAAGAAAUUAAGGGUCCUGCUUCCUUUACCUGCAAUGGUCCAUCAUGCGCCUUUUCUGAACCUGCUAUGGACGAUCUGAUUCUCAUGGUAUUUGGUGAUGAAUCUAUCUUUUUAAAUUGUAAUUCAGGAGAAUGUUUACACUAUACAAUGGUUCCUGGCUUCAAUAGACCAGAGAGACAAACAAACUGGACUAUGGUCAUCAUUGGAUUGUCAGGUGUGGGUCUUUUUUUGAUGAUCAUCGGCAGUGUUGUCACUUACUACGCAAGGAAGCCCAACGGAAGUGGUAUUAUUCAGAUUAGUGAUGACGAAGCUGGAAAGUUGAUGGCAGAACAUACACCUACUAGCUUAAUUUUCAGUGAGGUCUCCUAUACUGUCAACAAUAGAAAGGUAUUAGAUAAUGUCUCUGGUAUUGUACAGCCUGGUCAGGUCAUGGCAAUCAUGGGUGCGUCAGGUGCUGGCAAGACAACCCUCUUGGAUAUUCUAGCCAAACGUCUCAAAUCGGGCACGGCCACUGGCUCAAUUUACCUUAAUGGACAGAACGUUGCACCAGAGCAGUAUAAAAAACUGAUAGGCUAUGUGGAUCAGGAAGAUGUCAUGAUUCCCACGUUAACUGUGUACGAAACAAUCCUCUAUUCUGCUCUCCUACGAUUACCUCGCUCGAUGAGCACAGCAGCAAAGAAGUUUCGUGUGAUGGAAGUGAUGCAGGAACUGGGCAUUGACGGAAUCAAGGACUCAAAAAUUGGCCAACCAGGUGCUCGAUCGAUCAGUGGUGGUGAGAGGCGUCGUGUUGCUAUUGCUUGUGAACUCGUUACAUCACCUUCUGUAUUGUUCCUGGAUGAACCAACAAGUGGUCUCGAUGCCUAUAAUGCGUUGAACGUUGUCGAAUGCCUGGUUAAUUUAGCGAAAAAUUACAAGCGUACCGUUGUCUUUACGGUGCAUCAACCUCGAUCGAACAUUGUUACUUUAUUUGAUCAACUUCUUUUACUUGCUAGUGGACGUGUUGUCUAUUCAGGCCCUGAAUCAGAGGCACAGUCAUAUUUUAAGCUUAUUGGGUAUCCCUGUCCUCCUGGGUUCAAUAUUGCUGAUUACAUGAUCGAUUUAACCAUGGGCGCUGUCCGAAGGUUACCCAACCAGCCUUCGUCUAUCGUCAAGUCAUCACUAACAGCUGAUUCCACUGCCGUAGAUGAAGAUAAUGCAUUCUUUGCCCCUUCUCAAACACCUAAAGCAACUCCAUCAUUCCAAGAAGGCUUGGAAAACACAACCGAACAAUGGGCCACCCAGCCAAGUGCAGGAAACAGUAACGUAACAUCUGCUCCAGACAUCCAAGUAGAGGAAGUACAGGAAGAUGGAUUACCGUCUUAUUUGAAAGAUCUAGUAGAAUAUUAUCAGCACAGUGCUAUCGCAGUAGUCAUAAAGGACGCCAUUCAAAACACAGUUGAUGCAGCUCAAGGCCUGGAAGGCGACCAAAGUAGUAUAAACAGCAUCAGUAUCUAUCAAAGACCAGGACCUCUGGCACAAUUCCAAAUACUGGCCAAUCGAACAUUCAAGAACUUGUAUCGUAAUCCCAUGCUUAUGUUUAGUCAUUAUGCUAUGGCUGUCAUCUUGGCAUUGGUAUGCGGAAGCCUGUUUUAUCAAGUAUCAAACACAAUCGCAGGAUUUCAAAACAGAAUGGGUCUCUUUUUCUUUUAUGAAGCUUUAUUAGGGUUCAUGUGCUUAACUUCAUUACAAGUUUUUGCCAGUGAACGUAUUCUCUUUGUUCGUGAAAGAGCCAAUGGUUACUACUCCCCUACUACUUACUUUUUGGCUAAAAUCCUUUUCGAUAUCAUCCCCCUUCGAGUUGUUCCCCCUUUGAUGAUGGCCUUAAUAUCUUAUUAUAUGGUUGGACUGGUCGAAGGCGUUGCACAAUUCUUCAAAUUUUUGCUUGUUUUGAUCCUCUUUAAUUUGACAGCCGCUGCCGUAUGUCUUGCUAUUGGUAUUAUUGUGAAAAACUUAUCACUGGCUAAUUUGUUGGCAUGUAUGGUCAUGCUCUUUUCUAUGCUCUUUGCGGGUUUACUUUUAAACAAAGACUCAAUGCCACCCUAUUUUGGUUGGUUAAAGUACUUGUCAUUCUUUAAUUAUACAUUAGAGGCCAUGCUGGUCAACGAGCUACUUUACUUGCAGCUUGUCGAAGAACGAUUUGGACUCAAGAUUGAUGUUCCGGGAGCAACGAUUCUGUCAACCUUUGGAUUCAAUGCCAAGAACUAUUGGCCGGACGUCAUCCGACUUGCAUCAAUGUUUUUAGUAUUUAUUUUGAUUGCUUAUAUUUGGCUUGUAUUAUUUGUUAAGGAAAGACGAUAGAUUUAAUAUACAAUUUAAACGGCUUUAAGCAACGAUUUGGAGGUCUUGCUUCCUAUCCUUUGCGUAGAUAUCUUUGUAUUUGUUGUAAAUAUUCAUUAAUUCUUCAAUAUAUAAAGCCUGUGUUGAUAAUAGCUGUUCGUCUGUUGGUUCUGUUUGCCCUGGUUCAAGU